UCACACGCCGACUCAUUCCUUUCCUCUCGCAGUUCGCAGAAAUGGUUGGAUUUCCAGACGUCUACGAUACGGACGACGAGUCGGCCAUCGAUGAAAUCAUCUCUCAAGCCCAAGACGCCUGCGUUUUGGAGCAAGUUUCCGCCAUCAACUGCGCUUCCCUCACCGAUUCCGUCCUCCCCACCGACCUUGAAUCCCGGUUCCGCAAACUCAAAUCGUUUCCGGUGACUAAAUCAAAGCAGCUUUCGAAGACCUCUUCGGCGAAGGGAAAAGAAGGAUCAAGUUCUUUAUCUAAUGAGCAAACUCCUCAGUUUUCACCCUCCAAGGAGGGUAAGAUGGGUUUGGACAGCAAGCCACGGUCUGGGUGCAUGUCGGAUCAUUCGGAUAUUUCGAAGGACGAGAAAGUGGAAUUCUCCCCGUUUAAAGGGAAUUCCAGCAGGAAAGAGGAGGUGUUAGCGAAAUCUAAACACGGUUCUGUUUCUUCUCCUUCUAAUUCUUCAAAUUCUUCGGAGGAAAGUUCAAUGUCUUCGCUGUUCAAACAAAAACUGGGUUCGAAACAAAAAUCAAAAGGUGGGUCGCAGUCUGCUCCUCGGAGCUUUUCAAAUUCGCUGAUGGAUCGUUCACCAUCUCCUCCUCGAAAGGCUGGUUGUUUCUGGUGCUCUCCGAAGAAGGAUUCUAAGAAGAAAAGCAAGGAAAAUUGGGAUUCGAUGAAUAUUUUAGGAUGGGACAAAGACAGUGAUUUUUUGUCAGAUAUAGGCAGUUUCUCCAGUAAGAACCAGCAGAAAAUGCUGAAGAAGGCUAUUAAGGAAGAACAGAAGAUAAACCGCGAGGCUGAGAAAAUCGUCCGGUGGGCUAAGCAGGCAUCUGCAAGGAUGAGCGCUCCGGCCAUCGAGGAUGAUCUAAGUGAUGAUUAGGGUACAGGAAGUCUCUUAACCAGUCACAAAGUGUAGUCAUCACACAGAAAUGGAAAGCACUCCAGGUAAGGGAGAUCGGUCAGUCAAAGAAACGGGAAAUUAUCAACAAGAUUCCAUGCGUGCUGCAUAAUGUUUGAAGAAUUGGCAUGGCCAACCAAAGAUUCCAGGUUUCCUCUUAUUUUUUAUGGUGAAAAAAUGACAUUAGCAACCAAAGAGCACAGUGGAUUUAAACAAAAGAAAAAAAGAGCACGCACUGGAUUUGAAUUGAUAUGUAAUAUACUCUUUUGCUCCUUAAUAUAAGAAAUAAUUAAAGAGUU